UGGUUAUUUUGCUACAAUACAAAUGUUACUCGGGAAUCUUCAACUGUCCUGACCUAUUGAAGGCCCACACCCCUCAGAUUCUCCGUCCUCAACCCCACAAGUGCCCCUUGAUAUAAUUGGAUAUCACUCCCCCGCCCGCUCCAAACACACUCCACUUUAGCCUGCUAGGCAGAGGUAUGGCUUUCGUUCGCGUUGCCUUCGUUUCUUCGAUCCUGCUUCUGCUCUUCUGCGUCGCUGCUGCUGGAUCAACCUUUGACGACUCUAAUCCUAUCAGACUUGUGUCAGAUCGUCUUCGUGACUUCGAAGCUUCUGUCGUCAAAGUUAUCGGUCACACCCGCCGCGCUCUUUCCUUCGCCCGUUUUGCUCACAGGUAUGGGAAGAGUUAUGAGACUGAGGAGGAGAUGAAGCUGAGGUUCGCCAUUUUCUCGGAGAAUUUGGAUUUGAUCAGAUCCAUCAACAAAAAGGGCCUGCCUUACGCUCUUGCCAUUAACGAUUUCGCUGAUUGGACCUGGCAAGAGUUCCAAAAGCACAGAUUGGGAGCUGCACAGAACUGCUCUGCCACCACAAAGGGCAAUCACAAGCUUACUGACGCUGUCGUUCCUGAAACGAAAGACUGGAGGGAAGAAGGCAUCGUCAGCCCAGUUAAGAAUCAAGGCCAUUGUGGUUCUUGCUGGACUUUCAGCACCACUGGAGCUCUUGAGGCAGCCUAUCAUCAGGCUUUUGGAAAGGGAAUCUCUUUGUCUGAGCAGCAGCUUGUGGAUUGUGCUGGAGCUUUUAAUAACUUUGGAUGCAAUGGUGGAUUGCCAUCGCAAGCUUUUCAAUACAUCAAAUACAAUGGUGGUCUUGAAACCGAGGAAGCAUAUCCCUACACUGGAAAAGAUGAUACAUGCAAAUUCUCAUCGGAAAAUGUUGGUGUUCGGGUGCUUGAUUCUGUCAACAUUACCCUUGGUGCUGAAGAUGAAUUAAAGCAUGCAGUUGCAUUUGUUCGUCCUGUGAGUGUGGCUUUUGAAGUUGUAAGUGGUUUCCGUUUUUACAAGGAUGGAGUUUACACCAGUGAUACUUGUGGCAAAACUCCGAUGGAUGUGAACCAUGCAGUUCUGGCAGUUGGGUAUGGAGUCGAAAAUGGUGUUCCAUAUUGGCUAAUUAAGAACUCAUGGGGAGAUGACUGGGGAGAUAAUGGCUAUUUUAAGAUGGAGUUUGGGAAAAACAUGUGUGGUGUUGCAACAUGUGCAUCAUACCCUGUUGUAGCAUAAUAUAACUGUGAAGAAAUAUGAAGUCUUUGAUGAUUAAUUUGUGGUGUAAGAAUCAUGUUUCAGUAGCACAUGAAGUUAGACUCCGUAUCCGAGGUGAAAAUUUAUGGUGUGGUGUUGAUUGUGUUUGCUUAAUGUAUAAAAUAAGACCCUGGAUGCAAUCUAAUGUACACAAGAAAGACUUUGUAAAUUCUGAAUUUUAAUGAUGUCAUUGUAGUCCUAUAUCAAUGCAUAAUAAGAAAUUCAUA